AUGUAUGAUGAUUAUCACUGCACAAAUUGCUUGGGAGGCCAAUUAAGUCCAUCUUUGGUCAAUUUGACCAAUUUGCGAUACUUGGACAUGAGCUCAAAUGAUUUUUCAGGAAUCCAAGUUCCUGCAUUCUUGGGAUUGUUGAAAAACUUGAGAUACCUCAAUCUCUCAAGUGCAGGAUUUGAUGGUGAAAUUCCCCACCAUUUAGGAAACCUCUCACAUUUACGGUAUUUAGAUCUUGGGUGGAAUUCAUUGAGCACUAAGGAUCUCGGGUGGAUUGCUGGGCUCUCUUCUCUAGAAGGUCUAGUCCUGUCUAAGUUGAACCUUGCAGCCGCUCAAGAUGGAUUAUAG